CUCUCAAUAAACCCUCUUUCAGUAAUCUUUAUACUUUGUGUCAAUGGGUGGCCUGCCUUUGCAAAAUGCUUCCUCUACCUUAGCUCUGCCUGGGUCAGAGCAAAAUAAGGGUUCAGCAAUCACAACAUCUCUACCAGAAACAAAGCCAAAGAAGAAAAUAUGCUGUGCCUGCCCGGAAACUAAGAAGCUGAGAGAUGAAUGCAUUGUAGAGCAUGGUGAAUCUGCUUGUGCAAAAUGGAUUGAGGCUCAUCGUCAAUGCCUUCGAGCUGAGGGAUUUAACGUUUGAGAUUGAUUUAUAUGGUUGAGGUUGAUAAACUGAUACGAUUUUGGGACAUUGCAUACUUAUGAAAUUACAUAUACCAUACUGUUGAGGAAUAAAACAAGAAAACGGAAGCUUUUCUUGACAACAACAUUUGUUUUACCCCAUUCAUUUUAUUUAGCUAUGUGCCAGUUAUAGAUGAGACCUUAAUUUUUGUGUUAGUCUAACCUUGCUCUGCUGAUCUUCUGAUUUAUUUCUUAAGAUGCUGUUAUGCUUUGCUGCUUACUAAUAUAUGAUUAUGUUAGAUAUUGUUUUUAA